AUGGCUAUCACGGAAGCGCAUCCCGGUAUCAAGGUCGACAUUCGCGUCGGUGGUGUGCCUCUGACGGAGUACGAUGACGACGAUGAACAAGCGCAAACAUCCGAGAAGACGGUCACGAAGUAUAUUGAAGCCACGUCCGGCGCCGAGUUCGCCGUCAACUGCGAGGUUACGCGACCCUUGCCAAAGCAUUCGCUUUUAGUGGACGUUUUCCUUGACGGUCAGCGAAAACGUGGUACAUACAUGGACAAACCUGGCAUAACUUCACGGAUAUCCAUCGAAGGCUGCAAUUAUACUGAAAGACAGAGAUGGUUCUUACAAAAGUUCUGCUUCUCUGGACUUGAUACUGUCGAUUCAACCGAGAGCACAGUACCUGAUAAGCUGAUGAACGGCCUGAAAAGCGUGGGCAAUAUUAGAGUUGAAGUUUUCCAUGUCAUGAACUUGCGGGACGUGACAGAACGUACCAAACUUCCAGAACGACAAGAUGCUAUAGCCUUGGGAAAGGUCCCAGAAAAGGCUCUCAAAGGACGUACACUCUCUCAUCAUGCCACCUUGAGCCCUGCAGUAGCGAGUCAGGGUCAGAAGUUUUCUGAGUGCGAUCAUGUUGAUCCUAUGAAACUGCCUAUGGCGGUCUUCAACUUCAAGUAUCGUUCAAGAGCUGCGCUGCAGUCACUCCUCAUCAUCCCGCGAAGCCCCAGUCCCGUGCCGCUCGAGGAAAGAGACAUCAACAGUUUGACCGCUGAAGAGUCUCGCGAACUGAUCCGACGUCUUCGUGAGCGGGACGAAGCGGCCCCCCGACUGAAGCGUGAAGGUGUGAAGCGUGAGAGGAGCAACACAGUCUCGCAAUUUGAGGAUUACAGUGAAGAAGUCACUUUCGUCUCAGAGAAGCGUCGUCGACUUCCGAUCACGGUGAACGAGGACUGCACGGAAACAAUUGACCUAACCUAA